UAAAAAAAAAAUCGGACAUGAAGAAUUAUCAAUAAAUCCAAUAAAUAAAUCCGAGCAACUGGUACCGGUUCCGUACCGUUUAGCUGGUACCGUUAGUACCGGUACUGGUACCGGUACCUGCCCACCCCUAGCCGCCAGUCUCGGAGUCUGCCCACACCUCGGCUGACUGACAGUCGCCGCCGUGGAGUCGUCGUGAGCGAGGCAGCGUGCGGGAAACCGAUCAUCCACCCCAUCCCGAGGGCCGCGCUGACAAGGCUGUGAGCAGUGAUACAGACGCAGUGUUGGCGGUCGUCUUCCUGGCAAGGAUCACAUCCACCGCCUGCACCACACACCGCCGCAGAGUCCCCCGCCUCCAUCACCCGCGGAUUGGGAGGAUUCAGCCAUAGCCUUGCCCAGCUGAGCUGGGCGCGUCAAAGCUUCUCUAACACAGCCCUCAGCGGGACGGGCCAUGGACUACGAGGACUACUACGACCACAACUUCACCCAGCCCUGGGAGUGGCCCUCUGAAGACUACAGGAACUGGGUGAUGAAAAAUGUGCUCAACGGCUUGGCGACGGCCUUUGGGCUGCUGGCCAAUGGCCUCUUGCUGGGGCUGCUCAGCAGGGCGCCGCCCCUGCGCACCGUGUCCAACAUGUUCCUGCUGCAGCGGGCCGUGGCCGACGUGCUGGUCUUGAUGGUGGUUCCGUUCAUCAUUUACGCCAAUAUCCACCAUUAUUACGACGAGUUCUCCCCGCCCUUGUGCACGGCUCUCAGCAUCGUCUUGCACGGGGCCAUGAUGGCCAGCCACAUGUUCCUCAUGCUGUUCACCGUGGACAGUUACCUGGCGUCGCGCCCACAGCGGCACACACUCGCCCGGCGACGCAAAGUGCUGCGGGUGACGUCCGCGGCGGCCUGGCUCCUGGCGCCAGUCUACGGGGUUGCCGUCUACUUCAAAUACAGUCGUUCCAUGCCCCGCAAUAAUUGUUUCUUCCGUGAAGCACUUCUGGCCCUUCAGACGCAUUACCUCGUGUUCCGUGUGUUCGUGCCGCUGGUGGUGGUGUGGGUGUUCCUGGUCAUGGCGUGCUGCUGCCGCCCCGCCCAACCCAAGACGGAGCGGGGCGAGGGGGUUCCCAUACCUCAACUGCUGCUGGGCCUCGCCGCCACCUUCACCGUCAUUCGCUUUCUCGACGUUUUUCUAGCCUUCAGACUAAUCUUUGUACACUCAGUGAUCCACGUCAUUGCGUUCACCCUUCCCUACCUCGAAAAAGUUGUCAACCCCAUCCUGGUCAUAUGUCUGUCGGAGGGACUUCGACAGUCGGUGGCUGGGAGGCUGCCGGUCCGCCGCUCCGCCUCACUGCCGCUGCAGGAGCUGUGAGCGCCUUGGCGGGGCGUGGGUGGCCCGGGCGAGGGCGUCCACCACGCGGCACCACCACGCUCCGCAGCCGUGGCCCAAGACCCACGCCGCCAGGGACGCGAGGAGGCGCGCAGCGGUUCAGGAGGUCUUGGCGUGUGGGGAGUGUGGGGAGGCAGGGGCCGGCACCUCGACCCGCUUCGUAAACUGCCGCGGACAGACAGACCGGCGCGGUGCCCUCCGUAAUGUGCAGCCUCACGCAGCGGCAUAUUGUGUGUCUUUUUGAGGAGUUGUAGUCAUUAGAUUUUCAGUACAUUGGUUGACUUAGAUAAGGAUUGUUUUCCAUCGCCUCAAUUACGUGUGUAUUUUCAGGCAUCGCUGACUGAUGUGUUGCAAAUAAAACUUUAAAAUUA